GCGCUGGGGGUGUCCCCAGCCAGUGCCUUCGCAGUGGCAGGAGCUGGCUUCAGCCUAUACACCUGGGUUGAGGGCGGGGGGUGCUCAGCUAGGACACCGAUGCUGAAUUGUAAUGUAGGAUGCCUGUGUAAUGCAAUAUGGCCACAAAUAAUUGCUGUACCUCCGUGCGUUUGCCCCCUGAACCCCUGCAUAUGUCUGUGGAGAUUUACAUUAUAUAUGUACUGGACUCUUUAGCUGCUUGCAAUGAUGCAACAUGACACACAGUAACUGAACUACAGACAUUGGCACUUACACCAUCGUCUUUCGAGAAGAAUGGUUGCCAUUCAUGUAUUCAGAUGAUUUUCUGCUCCUGCUUCUCUGCUCAGGCAGCCUUCUUAGCAUACCCAUUGUGCAGUAAGAGCACAGGCAUGAAGGUUAAUGACUCUGCAUUGUCCCUGCUCUGGUGGGUAUGAGCUACAGCCCCUAUCAGCAAAUGCAAACCAUGGAGUCUGACAAAGGACUGAAUGAAAAUUUAAAAAUCCAGUUUAAGGCUUUACAGGAGCAACAGCAGAGGAGGCUACAAAAUCUUAUGGAGAAAAAGAAAGAAAAGCAGCGCAUUCAGAAAGGCAGCAGCAACAACCCAAAGGAGACUUUUGGAGUCCAGGAUGAUUUAAAUCUGUUUAAAGUAGAUGGACAACUAUCAAAUGAAGAGAUCAGCAAAAGGUUGCUUGAGGAUGAAAACGAGCAGCUUCAGGAUCAGCUUCGAGAGGUUGUAGAUGAAAAUGGCAGGCUGUACAAACUGGUGAAGGAGAGAGAUUUUGAAAUCCGGCAGCUUCGAAAGAAAAUAGAGGAGGAGAGAUUAGCCCUGAAAGGGAUGUCUGGUUUAGCAGGGGAUGUUGCAGCUACUAAAAUCGUUGAACUGUCCAAAAAGAAUCGUGAGCUAACUGCUGAGACAGAGAGUGAAAAAGCCAAAGUGAAACAGCUGAAUAACAAAGUCAAAGAGCUUGAAAAAGAACUACAAACAGCCCUCGGAAAAAUCCAGUCUCUUGGUGGCAAUGACUCAGGAAUCAAGCAAUCGAUGUUGAGAACGAUCGAAGGAAACUCGCCUGAAAGUCCAGAGUUGAAAGCUUUGCAAGAAAAAUUAACUGCAGCCAACUUUAAAGCAAUGGAGUAUCGCAAUCAGCUCCAAACCACAAAACAGGAACUAAAGAUGAUGCAAAAGCUUUUAGCAAGUGAAGUUGGUGAAGAUGUGAACAUUCAAAAUCUCUCGACCAUCUCUGGCAGUUGGCGUGGACGGGCUCAGCAAAUACUUGUUCUGCAAGGCAAGGUUCGAGAGCUGGAGAAUCAGUUGGGUCAGAGCAAGAGCAGAGCAUCAGUGAAUAAUGUUGAUGAGGAAAUGCUGGCCCUUACAGAUCCACAGAAGCUGUCAGCCCAAGAGAAAAACCUGUUACGGAUUCGCAGCUUGGAAAAAGAAAAGAAAGAAGCCUUGCAGAAACUCAGUGGGGAACAUAACGCUCUCCAGAAAGAUCAUGAGGAUGUGAAAAAAAAACUGGAUGCUUCAAAAGCCAGGAACAAAGUGCUGUCCAAUGAGGUGAAAGCUCUGAAAGGACAAAUCUUAACGCUGCUGGAGAAAGGAAAGCACGACGAUGAGCUCAUAGAUGCCUUACUGAACGAGCAGAAACAAAUGCAUGAGAUCUUAAAGCACCUGAGCCUGCAGGAUGAGAAGAACAAGGAGUCCCAGCAGAGUCUAGGCCAGCAUUUGAACAGCGAGGCUCAGAAACAGAGCAGUCUCAUAGGGCAGCUCCAACAGAUGGUGGCUGAACGAGAAGCCAAGAUUAAAGAGCUAGAGGAGGAGAUGGGACUGCUCACACUUCAGCAGCAUCAGAAGAAAGAGACCACUGAGGAGGGCAGUUCAGAUGUUGCAGAUACACCAUCUUCAGAGCACUUAGAAGACCAGAGUUUUACUCUAAUCAAACCACCAGCAUCAGCAGGCGAUCAUGUUGGAAGGAUCGGGUCUGCUUGCACUGUGUCUAAGAUGGGACACACACUUGUAGAAUCUGCAGCUACAAAGCCUUCGCCUCCAAGUAACAGUGUUGCAUCGGGGAGGAUUGCUGACACCGAGAGCUCAGAUCUGAAAGUGUUGCAGACACAGAUCACAGAGUACAAGGCUCUUUGCCAUGCUGCUGAGGUGGAAAGAGACAGGCUUACAGAACUAGUCACUGUCCUGCAGAAAAGGGUGGUCGAAAGCAGCGAUAAAGUUUUGGAAGCUGAGAAGAAACUUCAAGAAGAGCGACGUCGAUCAGUCAUUUUGGAGCAGCGUCUUGAAAAAAUGAAAAUGGAUGCAGGGAAGAAUGCAAACACCCAGAAACCCCUCCCGAGGAACAAAACAGGUCAGUCUGCUAAUAGCUCCCGACAUACCUUGACUGCAAGCGAUAGGAAAGAUCUCACUGCAGCACAACUCUCAGAGGUGCCACUAAAAUCUCAGAUAGAAGAACUGACUACAAGGCUUGUGAUCCAGCUGGAUGAGAAUGAAGCCUUGAAGACUGCCCUGGAGAGCACUGUGAACAUGAAAGAGGAAGACUUCAAACUGUACCAAGAGACAAUGGGCCAGGUGAAGGAGAUCUUCCUACAAGCUUUGAGGCAGCAGAAGCAAGAGAAGAACUAAAGCAAGACAUUCAAAAUACUUUUGGAGUGCAGCAGAGGAGAAUCCAACAGUAGCUCCAGUGAUUUGAAAUGCAGCUGGGGCGUCAUUAUGUAGCUAUUCUCCCAGAUUGUUUUAUUUCCUUAGCACUUGCAGGAGAGGGUGAGAAAUAGAGUUGAACCUUAUAUUGCAAAGGACUGAAAGUUUGUAUUUCAGCAAAUUCCUGGUGGUAAGAGUCAACAAGAAAUGGGUUCUCAUAACCUUUUAAUACUGUCCAGGCAAUUGUUUGCACGCUAUGGCGCUCCAAUGCUGCAGUCUUAAUAUGGGCAAAACACCCAUGAGUUGCAGUGGGAGUUCGUUGAAUCAGGCCCUGUAUCUGAAUGAUGCUCUCUUUAUCUGUAAAUAUAGGACAUUUUUCACCAUAUUAAGUUCAUCCUUAAGUUCUGCUUUAUGAAACCAGGGGGGCUAAAGCUAAGUGUCUGUAAUUAAUUUAAGUGGCCAGAAGUAGCACACUGAUAUUUAUCUGUCUAAGGUGGAUUUUUUUUAAUAGCACUCUUCACUGUGGUACCUAUGCGCUGAACAGAUCAGUCAGCUCUGCUUGCCAGCAUCUGCAAUGAACUUGGUAUGGAAUUUUGCUCUUUGCCUGUCCUAGGCUCUGAGUGCUCUGUUUGUGUCGGCUGUGGCAGGAUUGCUUCCGCAGGUAAGUGGGGCUUGCAGGUUACUCCCAAGAUCAGCCAGACUUGCUUCAGACUAAUGACUGCUAGCUCUGGGCCUCAGCUGAAGACAGCGUAGUGCCUGCUCUCACACAUUUGUCAUGCAGUUUAGCUCUUGGUCUCUCUUGAAAUCAACAGCAGCAAAGACACUGAAAAAAACCCAACCACACUGGGAGUGUCCCCCAACUAAAGUGACUAGGAGUUUUGAUCUGAAAAUACUAGUGUCUCUGUCCAGUAUCCUUGUAGCCCGGCACUUUAGUCAGCAAGACAAGUGACAUCAGCUGCAAGCCAGUUAGGCACCAACAGGCAGCCUGCCAGCCAGAAGAGAUUGCCAGCAAAGGCAUAGCAUGGGAACUGGAUAGUAAGUGGCUUUUGGAUAGCGUUGCUCUGUUUCUUAACGUUCAAAGCCUUUUUUAAAAGCAUCUUCUCUUCCCUUUCCCAUUAGCUUGCACCUCUCGUUCUGAUUAAUUGUGUUUCAUUCCACGGGCGUGAAGGUUCUCCGACACUAUCCAGAACAGUAGGUGAAAAAGAGGAUUCACCAUCAUGCAUUUCAGAAGCAGGCUACAGACUCGCUUCUUCGUCCUUGGAUCAGGUUCUGAGCUGGAGUAACAAGAGAAGGCAAUGGAGUUAUUCCAGCUUUAGUGAGAUCAGAGUCUAGCCGCUGGUCUCCAGAUCUUUUGGCUGGCAUCAAAAACUCGCCCCUGAGAGAAUUCUCCAGAGUUCCCUAAAGGUUGCUGACCCUAAUAGGAGGGCUAAUUUUGGGGGGGGAGAAUCCAAUUUUUCCCCAACUCAAAGACCAGGAAAGGACAUUCCAAGAAGAAAAAAUACAGGUUCUUAUCCGUGUUUCGACAGCACGUAUUGUUGAUUUUAAAUAUCUUGGACCAGAUUCUCUGGUGGUGUAAGUCAGUGUAGCUCCCUCGAAGCCACCAGAGCUAUGCCAGUUUAUACCUGAUUAUACCCAUGAGGCUAAGAGUCAAAUUUCCAGACAUGAACACCAAAAAUGUCCAGCUGCAGGUACGUCUCUUUUACUGGUGCAAUGUGCAUGGCCUUUUAUAAACAUUUGGGCAUGAUCAGUCUAAUUUUUCUAGAGCAAAGUGCAUUGUAGCAUCUGAUACACAGUGAACCAUCAGUGAGUUAAUUAAAUCCCUCCGUUUUUAAAAAGGAACCCACUUUGAACAUGGGUAGCCUUUACCCUGACCAAAGCAAAUGGCUUCUGGGGCCCGAGAAGCCCAUAGAAGCUCUGCAUUUUGUGAGCUGGCUUUAUCUCUCUCUUGGGCAGCAGGAAUACAAUGGGUAGCAAAAACGCUCGGUCAGAUUCAUUCUACCAAUGGAAUCUAAGAAAGAGGCAGUUUGUGGCCUACAUUCUCCCCCUUGUGACAGCUUGUGGUGUUGCAAAUCAUGGAGCCAGCUGUGACUCCUAAAAACAACAACACGUAUAAUCUACCAUAUCCAAAUGUCAUGAAAGGUCUGGACAGCUGAUGACAUUAUUAGGUUCUGCCAUAAACACGGGGGACAUAGCCCUUUUGGUUAAUGGUAUUUUGAACAGCUGAGGUCUGGAUAAUGAAGGCUGAAUCGUAUUGUUUCAAACCCCCAUUAGACUGCUAUGGAUAUGUACAUUUCCACUCUGGCGAUGAUUACGUAGCAUUGGGGGGAGGAGAAGUCAUUCCUGCUCACACUCUGCUAUUUUGGCAAUCUGCAGCAGUGGGGAAAGAAACCCAGAAAGUUUGCUGAGUUGCAGCAAGAGCUCUUCAGAUGCAGAAACCUUGCCAUGAGGCUGGGUGCUAAAUUUAAGCCUGCACCUUGCUUCUAGCGAUUCUGAGCCUGAUUCUGCUCUCGCUUACACUGAGAUGUAAAUCAGGAGUAACUUCCACAGAAGUCAGCAUGUAAAAGCAGUGCACACAAGAGGCAAGUUGGCUCCUUUUCUGGUUUGUGUUCCUCAGAGUUUGUCCCCUUUCCUUGUGCUUCGAUAGCAGGGCUCACACCAGAACUGCCGUGAAGCUCACCCAAGUUACGUAUGGAGUUGUGGAAUGGCUCAGAGGGCUGCAGGAUUCCAGAGAUGGUUUGAUCUGAAAGCGAUGUGCUUUUGUAAGCCUAUUCAGUGAACACACAGCCUAAUGUUUUAUUAUUUAAACCUCUUCUUUGAAAUAUGACACCUUUCAUUUAGCGCAUUUGUGUCCCUUUUGUGAACAUGUGGAUACGUUAUGGGGAGAAGGGGUUUUGCAUAUAUGCAUUUUUUUCAAAUAGUUUGUUUUUUUUAAUAAAGAGUAUUAAACGCCUUAAAGAAAAAA